GACUUUGGGGCCACUGCCUCAUCCUGUAUCUGUGCAUAUGAGAUGCAUUGUCUCUUCCUCUGCAGUUGAGCUGAAUGAAUACCUCCGAAGCCGCUUUGUUCUCCAGAUGUGAAUAGCUCCACUAUACCAGCCUCGUCUUCCUUCUGGGGGACAACGUGGGUCAGGGCCCAGAGAGAUAUUUAAUGUCACCCUCUCGGGGCUUUGACGGGACUAACUCUGCCACAUCUUUUGGAGGUUGGGAAAGUUGCUAGAGGCUUCAGAACUCCAGCCGAAUGGAUCCCAAACUCGGGAGAAUGGCUGCGUCCCUGCUGGCCGUGCUGCUGCUGCUGGAGGGAGGCAUGUUCUCUUCACACUCCCUGCCCCCGGCGCUGUUAGAGAAAGUCUUCCAGUACAUUGACCUCCAUCAGGAUGAAUUUGUGCAGACGCUGAAGGAGUGGGUGGCCAUCGAGAGCGACUCUGUCCAGCCCGUGCCUCGCUUCAGACAAGAGCUCUUCAGAAUGAUGGCUGUGGCCGCGGACACACUGCAGCGCCUGGGGGCCCGUGUGACCUCGGUGGACAUGGGUUCUCAGCAGCUGCCCGAUGGUCAGAGUCUUCCAAUACCUCCCGUCAUCCUGGCUGAACUGGGGAACGAUCCCACAAAAGGCACCGUGUGCUUCUACGGCCACUUGGACGUGCAGCCUGCCGACCAGGGCGAUGGGUGGCUCACGGACCCCUACGUGCUGACGGAGGUGGACGGGAAACUUUAUGGACGAGGCGCAACCGACAACAAAGGCCCUGUCUUGGCUUGGAUCAAUGCUGUGAGCGCCUUCAGAGCCCUGGAACAAGAUCUUCCUGUGAAUAUCAAAUUCAUCAUUGAGGGGAUGGAAGAGGCUGGCUCUGUUGCCCUGGAGGAACUUGUGGAAAAAGAAAAGAACCGAUUCUUCUCUGGUGUGGACUACAUCGUAAUUUCAGAUAACCUGUGGAUCAGCCAAAGGAAGCCAGCAAUCACUUACGGAACCCGGGGGAACAGCUACUUCACGGUGGAGGUGAAAUGCAGAGACCAGGAUUUUCACUCGGGAACCUUUGGUGGCAUCCUUCAUGAACCAAUGGCUGAUCUGGUUGCUCUUCUCGGUAGCCUGGUAGACUCGUCGGGUCAUAUCCUGGUCCCUGGAAUCUAUGAUGAAGUGGCUCUUCUUACAGAAGAGGAAAUAAAUACAUACAAAGCCAUCCAUCUAGACCUGGAAGAAUACCGGAAUAGCAGCCGGGUUGAGAAAUUUCUGUUCGAUACUAAGGAGGAGAUUCUAAUGCACCUCUGGAGGUACCCGUCUCUUUCUAUUCAUGGGAUCGAGGGCGCGUUUGAUGAGCCUGGAGCUAAAACAGUCAUACCUGGCCAAGUUAUAGGAAAAUUUUCCAUCCGGCUAGUCCCUCACAUGAAUGUGUCUGUGGUGGAAAAACAGGUGACACGGCAUCUUGAAGAUGUGUUCUCCAAAAGAAAUAGUUCCAACAAGAUGGUUGUUUCCAUGACUCUAGGACUACACCCAUGGAUCGCAAAUAUUAACGACACCCAGUAUCUCGCAGCAAAAAGAGCCAUCAGAACAGUGUUUGGAACAGAACCAGAUAUGAUCCGGGAUGGAUCCACCAUUCCAAUUGCCAAAAUGUUCCAGGAGAUUGUCCACAAGAGCUUGGUGCUAAUUCCGCUGGGAGCUGUUGAUGAUGGAGAACACUCACAGAAUGAGAAAAUCAACAGGUGGAACUACAUAGAGGGAACCAAAUUAUUUGCUGCCUUUUUCUUAGAGAUGGCCCAGCUGCAUUAAUCACAAGAACCUUCUAGUCUGAUCUGAUCCACUGACAGAUUCACCUCCCCCACAUCCCUAGACAGGAAUGGAAUCUAAAUAUCCAGAGAAUUUGGGUCUAGUACAGUACAUUUUCCCUUCCAUUUAAAAUGUCUUGGGAUAUCUGGAUCAAUAAUAAAAUAUUUCAAAGGCACAGAUGUUGGAAAUGGUUUAAGGUCCCCUACUGCACACCUUCCUCAAGUCACAGCUACUUGCAGCAACUUGAUUUCCCCAAGUUCCGUGCAAUAGCCCCAGGAUUGGAUUCCUUCUAACCUUUUAGCAUGUCUCUGACCUUGCAAUUUGAUUGGCAUAAUCACUCCGGUUUGCUUUCUAGGUCCUCAAGUGCUCAUGACACAUAAUCAUUUCAUCCAAUGAUCGCCUUUGCUUUACCACUCUUUCCUUUUAUCUUAUUAAUAAAAAUGUUGGUCUCCACCACUGACUACAA